CCGCGGGAUUCUUCGCGCCCCUUGCAGCUCGCCCCCAAUGCUCCGCAACCUCUUCGAGUUCAACGUUACGCGGCCGUUCCCAUACGGGCGGCUGUGGAACCUCCUCACGCUCAUCUUCUCGGCCCUCGUGUUUGUCUUUGUUGUCAUCUAUGCCACCGCCACCGCGGGGUACGAGACGGUGACCAGAUCGUCGCCCAACUACAACCUCAGGCUUACGGGGUGGCACACCAUCUUCAUUACCAAGAAGACUGGUAUUUGCGACACACGACUCCUCACAAUUGGGGACGAGGUGUACACAACCGACGGCGUAAUCCCAUGGACAAUUAUGACAUGGCGUAAUCGCGCGACUGGCGACUUCCGCUGGUCUGUCGACUAUGCGGCCGAAAAGCUCGAGAGCUGCACCCUCUACAAAUUGGUGAUGGAGCCAAACAUGCAGACCGAGAUCUCAACCAUUAUCGCCUCGCUCAAUUGCACUGUCGGCCCUUACGAAGUUACACUCGGCGCAGACAUCAGCUUCCCGGCCAAUGUCCAGGUUGCGGAGGCGCGGAUGGCCAGCGUCGGGUUCACGCCCGACAAGCAGGUGGCCGUCAACUGGAAUGCACUCUUUGACCUCAGCAUGGCAUGGGACUCGCUUCUCAACCUGUAUGGCGCCGCACAGAACCAGCCCAACUACCGGCUCAGCACCAGUGUUGCCUCGAACGGCACAGAUUUCUGCGGGCACCAAAUUGUCUCUGACGACCUGAGCAAAUGCCAACGGCGGUUCGUCGAGCCGACGACUUACACGCGCUGGAGUGCCAUCGACUCGGAUCCCACGGAUCGGUAUAACCAGGGCAUCCUAGCGCAGAUGAAUGCGCCGUUCGUCAACCUCGCGGUGUGGGUCAUCCAGCUCGCGUACUGGGACCUAGGUUUGGCUAGCACCGACAACCUCAUCAGAAACUACGCCGGGCGGCAGCAGUACCUGCAGCGUUGCACCAACUGCCCCAUGAUAGAUAUGCUUCUCGACAGGCAGCCCGGCGGCUUGUGGUUCUCGGAUACCGUGCUCCCGCUCACCGACCCCGGUUUCACGCCGCCGAGUGACCAGAGCUUCAACAUCCAGUAUCUCUGCAAGGUCCGGCAGCUCAAGCAGCCCGCAAACUUGAUUCAGUCCGUCCUCGUUGCGACCUUCAGCCUCUUCGGCGCAUACUGGGCAUUCUACCGCACCGUAUGGGUGCUAUGGGGUACACACUUCGGCGAGGAGCGCCACAAGCGCGUGUUCAACGGCGAGCCCGAGACGCCCACCCCGACCAGCACCCUCGGUUAUGGGCCUGUCAAGCCCGGCUCACCCAGCCCAGGCGCGUAUGGUCAGCCUGCUACAUAUCCCCAACAGCAAGGAUACUUUGGCCCGCAGAAGGUAUAGGUUGAUUAGGUGCAAAAAGGGAGGAGGUUGAGCGCCCAUUAAACCGCCGAGUCAAUAGUCAGACCCCCAUACACGUAAGGUUGGAUUCACUUCGCGAUGCAUUUGUGUGUUGAUAUCUCA